AGUCACUCUUUUUCAAGUCAAGCCAAUCUUUCUAUUAUUUACAGAGCGAACUCAUCCAUCUCCAAAAACCAGUAGUGUGUCUCUUCUCCCCCUUCUUACAUCUGCUUGGUUUUAGGGGCCUAUUUUUCGGAGAAACAAUUCCUACCCACUUAAGGAAUACGCACUGUUUCGUGCACGAAAACAUGUCGUCUUCAUCACCCACUGGUGGAGAGAGGCUGCGUUACGGUCAGUACCAUACAAAAAAGACCACCAACAUGUCACUGUUUUCUUGCUUUCUUUUUUUUUCACGAGAAGAGGCAAAAUUUUACCUUCAUUUCUUCCCCUUUGCAUUAUCAUGCUUUCCACUCGGUGACCCCUCCUGGCCGAUAUCGGAAUCGAUGACUGAAUACCUGUAAGAAAGAACGCGGAGCCAGCCGGAGAACCCCUUCGCGACGCUCAUUCCGGACCAGCAGAUAGCAAUCAUCCCAUCCUUCACUCUGGAGUCUGGUGUGACGCUUCGCAAUGUGCCCGUGGCGUACACAACCAGGGGCCAGCUGAACGCAGCCGGAGACAAUGCCAUGGUCAUAUGCCAUGCCCUGACAGGAAGCGCCGAUGUUGCCGACUGGUGGGGUCCGCUGUUGGGCGGCCCUGGUCGUGCCUUUGACACCUCGAGGUUCUUCAUCGUUUGUAUGAACAGUCUGGGAAGCCCAUAUGGCACGGCCAGCCCGGUUACGGCCAAGGAUGGUGACCCGAGCCUGGGCCAGUACGGCCCGGAAUUCCCCCUUACUACGAUUCGCGAUGACGUGAACUUGCACAAGAUGCUACUGGACGACCUUGGUGUCAAGCAAGUAGCCGCAGUCGUCGGUGGAUCUCUGGGAGGCAUGUUCGUUCUGGAGUGGGCUUACUUUGGAAAAGACUACGUUCGCUGCGUCGUCCCAAUAGCCACUUCUAGCCGUCAUAGUGCUUGGGGAAUCAGCUGGGGCGAGGCACAACGGCAGAGCAUUUACGCGGACCCCAAAUACAAUGACGGUUACUACCCUUUCUCGGAUCCUCCGUCUACCGGGCUCGGAGCCGCUCGUAUGUCGGCACUGCUGACUUACCGAAGCCGGAACUCCUUUGAGGCCCGUUUCGGUCGGAACAUCCCCGAUCCAUCCCGGCGCCAAACAAUAAGAGAACGGCCCCGACCCAGCACGCCAUCUGAGGCUCACUUCCACAUCCAUAACGACGGCCACAACAUAUCCCGGGAUGGCCUAUCCCGGCACAACAGCAAUGGCCAGGGGAGCAAGGCAGCGAAUACCGGCGCCAAUCCUACCGCCACCCCUGCCGUGGCGCAAGCGGCUGCCGAGGAGCGAUCAAUGGAUCCCCAGUUCCACGGCCCGGAAAAGAAGGAAAGUCUCACCGGUGGAGAUGCCGUACCGACCUCAACCUACUUCUCCGCGCAAUCAUACCUGCGAUACCAAGGCGAGAAGUUCGUCAAGCGUUUUGAUAGCAACUGCUACAUUGCUAUGACUCGAAAGCUCGACACGCACGACGUGUCGCGUAGCCGUGCCCCGUCGAUUGCCAAUGCGCUGGCCAUGAUUGAGCAGCCCACAUUAGUUCUGGGAAUCGAGAGCGACGGGCUCUUCACCUUUGCAGAGCAGGAGGAGAUAGCUGAGCACGUCCCCAACGCGCGACUAGAGAAGAUUGACAGCCCGGAGGGACACGACGCCUUUUUGCUGCAGUUCGAACAGGUCAAUCGCUACACCCUCGAGUUCUUGCGGGAAGUGCUUCCAGACAUCAUGGAGAAGGAUGGCGAUGGCAGCUCAGAGACAGUGGAGAGUUCGGUGGGACAGCUUACCAAGUCCAGCACCUUUGGCGAGGCGGAGGUCGAUGAUAUUACGGCUUGGUAGUUUGGUUAGAUACUUUCGGCUUCUGAUCAACUUGGCUGUGGCAUCAAUAUUAUCAGAUACUUUGGCCUUGGCACAUGCUUAGAUCUUUCUAUUCCCAUAACCAUUUCAGUUGCCGUCUUGACGCCUGUCGUACUUCACAUAUUUGCUAUACUAAUCCUGGGAUUUCGGGUGUGUUUGGCGUAUCUUCAACGGUCGUUCUUUAUACAAACCGAAAACAUGUCUCCAGGCUGGUCACUGAUCAUGCCUGAAAAGGAGCGCGAUAUCAUUAUCUCAUUUUGCCUUUUUUUUUCUCUUUCCUUUACGCAAGUGAGAUAAGAAGCACAUUCAGAAGCCGGAGGCAUCUUUCUCCUCGCUUGGAAGAACUUGCCAAACUUUGCAAUUGAUUCCUGGGCCAUUACCCGCGGUGGAGUCGUCCUUGCGCAGAUCACUAUGUUCCAAGUUGAGCUCGGUCCUAAAUAAUUAGUGCCCAGUCUCGAACUUCAUUGCCAGAUGACGAUCGUUCUGGAUCCAAUGAUGCAAUGAAGCGCUGGUUUGCAAAAGGAUUCUGUAUCUGAGGGAUAAAAGAACAUGGUUCAUCGCCUUCGGCUAACCAACUCCAAAGCCGCUUUUACAACGCAUUGAGGCGGCUACAUAUCAGCGGCACCGGGGAGCAACGUCGAUGAGAGAAAACUAGGUGUUGAAACAAAAAAAAAAAAAAACGAAAAAAAAAGCCUGAAAGCUAGCUUCAGUAACCCUGGCCUUCAGGGCUGGGCUGGGCUGGGCUGGUCUCGCUUAUUCUCUCCCGUCCUGGUUGUAUCGACUCGCUUGUGCCGGCAAGCAUCUCCGACAAGGCCGGCAGAACUUAGCUUUGAUUUUUGAUAAAGCGACACGUCAGGAAAAUGAUCGCGGAGCAUGGCGGCAGUACUCUGUGGGGAAACCCGGAGUCAAGAUCUAGGCGAGCUUGGCGAGGUGUUGAGAAAUGAAAGAAAAACAGCGAAAAAAGAGCAAAAAGAGCAAACAGUUCAUCCAAGGGGAGCGCUUUGCAGAUCCCAACGUCAAUCUUGAGAUGGUGUCGUAAUAUAAACGUUGUGCACUCUUUUUCUACCUGUCUUGUCAUCUCGCUCGCCCCCUACCCGGAAAGUCUAGAACUAGGAUAUGACCAGUCAGCUGCAGCGGGCAGCCGUCGUUUAAACAAGAAAACCAACAAGGCUCUUUUUCAUUGUUAUUCACUUAGCUAGCCCAUUCGACGCCGAUGUUUCUUUCUUGUCAUGCCCAUGACAGAAAUAAUUUUAAGGGUUGCAAGCCUCUUCUCCCCGCCUUAGCCAAGCAAACCGAUCGAGGCCUGGAUCGCCCGUCCACACAUCACUCACCCCCAAUCGUUUCAGCUCCCACCGAGAUGCAGCAAAAAGAAAUGUGGGCGGACCGACAUGGGCCGGAAUAGACGCGAUUGAUGGACAAAUUAGCAUAUAUAUAUUCGCCCAGGAGAGGGUUGGGGGUGCCAUGCAUGUUCUGCUCCCCGGGUAGCGGGUUGCUAAUUAUCCACAUCGACGUUGCAGUGCGGCACUUUGGGGGGGCGUGUUUGGGCGCGGAAGCUCAAAUAUUGUCAGGUAAUAUUCGAGACAGCCAUAUUUGUGGAGGCUCGGCAUUGAGGGGGCAAUUGGCACGGGAAGGCGACAGGAAGCGGGACCUGACUCUGUAUUUUGUUGGGGGGGGGGGGCAUAAAUCUCGGUUGCAAUAUGGAGAGCAGAUGGUGCAGUCGCACAACAUGUUGGAACUCCUGCAAGCCACCUGAUUCUGUCAUGGCGCUGAACAAACAAUGGAUAUUUCAUAUGAUUUUUAUUCUACUGAGUCCCCUUACCCUCCUUCUUCUCCUCCUCCCCACUAUCCAUCCUCGUCCUGCAUCUUCCCCAACGUCGAGCCAUCCACACCCACUUCGCUGGCCAGGCCAGGCCCGAGGCCCGCGACUACUGCCGCGGCGGCCCAUUCCCUCCGGUGUCACUCUAAGAAGCUUGCAACAUGAUAUGCCCUAUUCUGGAUCGCCCUGCAGGGGGCGGGGUCGAAAGAACUUCGGCCGAGAUCUCAUGCAGGUUCAAGGCCCCCUAAUUACUGUCAAUAUAUGCACCAUGUGGCGGUAUAUUGAGAUCCCUCCUUGGGGAGAUGCUGCACAGUCUUGGACGUCAUUUUUUGAGAGGAGGUUCCGAUUCAUGUUAUCGAUCCAAUCAUUUUUGUCUUGAAUGCCACAACCCAUGAUGAUCUUUACCAAUUUACCACCAAGAAGAUCUCGGUCUACCUGAAGAGUAACUACAUAGGUAUCGUCAGUAUUUUCUUCGGAGCUGAGAUGAGAAUGGUACGAAAGCCAAGUUGAC